AUGUGUGGGACUGGCUGGGACCUCUCAAUUUCUGUAAGGGGGGUGAAUGUGGGAGCGGGGCCGCUCAGCCGUCGGGGGCCGCGCCGGCGGGGGGAGCUGCGGAGCCGGCCCGGCCCCGGCGCCCGCCCCCGGCCCGCCCCCGGCCCGCCCCCGGAGCGGCGGCGGGCGCCACUCGGCCGCCGGUGGCCUCGGCGGCGGCAGGGCAGGAUGCGGGCGGGCCGCGGCGCGGCGGGCGGGGAGGCGGCGGCCGAGGAGGAGGCGGCGGCGGCGGCGGCGGCCGAGGGGGCGAAGCGCGGCGGCGGGGCCGGGGGGCGGCCGCGGGGCCGCGGCGGGAAGGGGUCCCCGAACGGCGAGUGCCGCCGCGGGGAGCCGCCGCGCAGCCCCGGCGCGGAGCCGCCCCGCGAGCCCAAGGUCUCCUUCUCCUGCGGCGGUGGCGGUGGCGGUGGCAGCGCAUCCCCCGGCGGGGCCAAGGCGGCCGAGGAGGGCGACGAUGCGGGCGAGGAGGCCCGCGGGAGCCAGGCCAGCUUCAUGCAGCGGCAGUUCGGGGCCAUGCUCCAGCCCGGCGUCAACAAGUUCUCGCUGCGGAUGUUCGGCUCCCAGAAGGCGGUGGAGCGGGAGCAGGAGCGCGUCAAGUCGGCGGGGGCCUGGAUCAUCCACCCCUACAGCGACUUCAGGUUUUACUGGGACUUCACGAUGCUGCUCUUCAUGGUGGGCAACCUGAUCAUCAUUCCCGUGGGCAUCACCUUCUUCAAGGAGGAGACCACGGCGCCCUGGAUCGUGUUCAACGUGGUCUCCGACACCUUCUUCCUGAUGGACCUGGUGCUGAACUUCCGCACGGGGAUCGUCAUCGAGGACAACACCGAGAUCAUCCUGGACCCCGAGCGGAUCAAGAAGAAGUACCUCAAGACCUGGUUCGUGGUGGACUUCGUCUCCUCCAUCCCCGUGGACUACGUCUUCCUCAUCGUGGAGAAGGGCAUCGACUCGGAGGUGUACAAAACCGCCCGCGCCCUGCGCAUCGUGCGCUUCACCAAGAUCCUCAGCCUGCUGCGGCUCCUGCGCCUCUCCCGCCUCAUCCGCUACAUCCACCAGUGGGAGGAGAUUUUCCACAUGACGUACGACCUGGCGAGCGCCGUGAUGAGGAUCAUCAACCUGAUCGGCAUGAUGCUGCUGCUGUGCCACUGGGACGGCUGCCUCCAGUUCCUCGUGCCCAUGCUGCAGGAUUUCCCCCAGAACUGCUGGGUCUCCAUCAACGGGAUGGUGAACGACUCCUGGAGCGAGCUGUACUCCUUCGCCCUCUUCAAGUCCAUGAGCCACAUGCUCUGCAUCGGCUACGGGAAGCAGGCGCCCGAGAGCAUGACGGACAUCUGGCUGACGAUGCUGAGCAUGAUCGUGGGGGCCACCUGCUACGCCAUGUUCAUCGGUCACGCCACGGCCCUCAUCCAGUCGCUGGACUCCUCCCGGCGCCAGUACCAGGAGAAGUACAAGCAGGUGGAGCAGUACAUGUCCUUCCACAAGCUGCCCGCCGACUUCCGCCAGAAGAUCCACGAUUACUACGAGCACCGCUACCAGGGCAAGAUGUUUGAUGAGGACAGCAUCCUGGGGGAGCUCAACGAGCCCCUGCGCGAGGAAAUCGUGAACUUCAACUGCCGCAAGCUGGUGGCCUCGAUGCCGCUGUUUGCCAACGCGGACCCCAACUUUGUCACAGCGAUGCUCACCAAGCUGAAGUUUGAGGUGUUUCAGCCGGGCGACUACAUCAUCCGCGAGGGCACCAUCGGCAAGAAGAUGUACUUCAUCCAGCACGGCGUGGUCAGCAUCCUCACCAAGGGCAACAAGGAGAUGAAACUCUCCGACGGCUCCUACUUUGGAGAGAUCUGCCUGCUGACCCGCGGCCGGCGCACAGCCAGCGUCCGGGCGGACACCUACUGCCGCCUCUACUCGCUCUCCGUGGACAACUUCAACGAGGUGCUGGAGGAGUACCCCAUGAUGAGGCGGGCCUUCGAGACCGUGGCCAUCGACCGCCUCGACCGCAUUGGGAAGAAGAACUCGAUCCUGCUUCACAAAGUGCAGCACGACCUCAACUCGGGCGUCUUCAACAAUCAGGAGAACGAGAUCAUCCAGGAGAUCGUCAAGUACGACCGCGAGAUGGUGCAGCAGGCGGAGCUGCAGCAGCACACGGCCAUGUACAGCCCGGUGCAGCCCCAGGUCACCUCCGCCAUCGCCACCCUCCAGCAAGCCGUGGCCAUGAGCUUCUGCCCGCAGAUGGCCAGCCCGCUGGUGGGCUCCAUGGCGCUGGGCUCGCCCCGCAUGAUGCGCCGCUUGCAGUACGCCCAGGCCGUGCCCAGCCCCUUCGCUGUCUCCCCGGUGCUGCUGCAGCAGAGCCCCCCGCAGCAGCCGCAGCCCCCCACGCCCCACGCCAACCCGUCGCCCUCGCAGGACCAGGCGCCGCCGACCGCCCUGCCCGCCUCCGCCGGCGCCCUCGCCGCCGCCAGCCCGCCGUCCCAAAGCCCGCUGGCCAGCCGGACGUUCGCCUACGGAGGUGCCAAGGGGCAGCUGGGCUCCCAGCUCUCCCUGAGCCAGCAGCAGGCGCCCGGCUCGCCCCCGCGGCUGGCCGUGCACAAAAGCACACAGGCGCUGCACACCAGCAGCCUCAGCCAGGAUUCGCGGCCCCUGUCGGCGUCGCAGCCCUCCCUGCCCCACGGGCUGGCGGCCGGCAGCACCCAGAGCCCCCCAGCCUCGGCGCGCGAGUCCUGCGCCUCCAUCGCCGGGGGUCCGGCCGCCGCCUCGCCGGGCUCGGCGCCCCCGGCCGGGCUGCGGGGCCCGGCCUCCUCGCGGGGGGCCCUGUCCCACCCGGCGCCCGCGGGGCCGCCCGCCCUGCAGCAGGACUCGGGGGCCACCCGCAAGGAUUCGGUGGGCGGCACGCCCGACACGGACCCUGCCAAAUCCAGGCUGUCUUCCAACUUGUGACCUCCGCACCGCACCGGCUGCCAGGCGGGCGUGGGGACGGGUGCGCCAGGGGGGCCGCAGUGUGGGCGGCCAGCCCUGUGCCCGCUGCUCCCAGCCCGCACAUCCCCAACCAAGGCGUCCAUGCCAGGGGCACCUCCACCCCCCUCGGCCACCUCCAGCCCCGCUCCCCGGCUUCCUCCCACCGGGGGUGGGGGGUUUGGGGGCUCCGUCACCUCCGACCAAAGUCUGGCCCCGUCUCCUGCUCCCUGCAGGGGUGCCCCACUGCCCCCGGCUGCCCCAUAGAAGCCACAGCUGCAUCGUCCCCUGUGAUCAACGCUGUAUAUGAUAUCUAUGACCUGAAUACAAACCUGUAUGUGUGCAUCCGCAGGACACCUCCCCGGGGGUUAAGGCACGCUGGCCAGCCCCAGCGCCGCCGCCCGUCCCUGCCUCCCCUCCCACAGAGCGAUGGCGAGGGGUGACGGUCGAGGACUGGAGGUAAGUUGUGGGGUCUGGGGACUGCAACCCCCCGCGCACACACCAGCCCCCGGUGCCAGCCCAAGGCUGGGGCUGGGGGCGAGCUCCCCCCCGCUCCCUGGAGCUGGGGGAGCUGAGCCCUGGGGAGCCGCAGGGGCAGUCACCAGUGAGGCAGCGCCGGGCUCCCCUGGCCGGCCGGGGAAGGCGCACACAGCGCGUGGAACCGCGUGCCCGUGUGUACGCGUGCCCCGAGGGAUGGCGGAGGUGUGAGCGUGGGUGCACGCGGGCACAGCCCGGCACGCUGGAGCCUUCCACACUGAAUGUAUGCAGCGCCCCCCGAGCGAGGGGCCACACGCCCCCUGCCCCCGCAGAGCUGGGGGGACAGCUCCCAGCGCCCACCUUGCCAUCCAGCCCAUCCCGUGCAAUAAACGUCAGCACCUGACAGAGCUA